CGCCUACUGAUCGAUGACGCACAAGUCACGUGUUGUUUGUGCUCUCGUACGUAGAGAUGUGUACAGACAGGAGCGAGAAACAGACUGAUAGCCAGCCUGAAGGAUCUAGCUACCGAUAAUAGAAACGGGUAAAUGUGGUCAUGUUGCAGUUGCUGGGCUUGAAUUCGAGGAUCAUUGGCAGGACACCUAUUUUUCCUGAAGCGGCCUAGAGGAGCCUAUUAUUGGAAAGACCGAAACGCGCCACGCCGCUGGAGACAUGGUCUCCCCAGACAAGAAUGGGGUCUAACGUUAGAUCCUUAAGGCUAAGGUAAAGUGACCUUUAAUUGUGGUACCUAAUGGCAAAUUUCACAAAUUACCAAGACAGCAAAGCCGCUAUGUUGAUGCUGGAGACACAGCAGAGGGCUUUGGGGACUAAAUCUUCAGCCACAGCGGCGAACGGCGACACCUCUGCCGGGGAACCCUCAUCUCCCUUAAUUAAUAUCAGCGGCACUCGGUUUCAACACUUACCACCCUCCAACCAUCAGAACAUUCAGCCGAAGGAUCACCAACUCUACCACUCUUCGCUGCAGCAACACUUUUCAAAUGAAAAAUACCACCACGAAUCCCCCGUGAGAAACUCCUCAUCCUCCUGUGUUAACCCGGUAAUGUUAGAUGAGGACUCCCCUGCUUCUGUUAGCAAUGCACAAAUUGUAGCCGCCGGGUCUGCGAAUGCUAACGUUAGUGCCAUUACCUCUUCAGACGGGGUGGAUGAUAUAAGAAAGUGUGGGUACUUGAGGAAACAAAAACACGGCCAUAAAAGGUUUUUUGUGUUGAGGGCUUCAAGUCACCUUGGGUCGAGCCGACUGGAAUAUUAUGACAGCGAAAAGAAGUUCAGAAAUAGCCUUCGUUCUGCCGCUGCUGCUUGUGCCACCGCUGCCUCUUCGGCUGGAACCACGACCACCUCCUCUCCAAAAAGGGUUAUUUAUUUGUAUCAGUGUUUUACUGUAAACAAAAGGGCCGACUCAAAGAACAAACACCUCAUAGCUCUGUACACUAAAGAUGAAUACUUUGCUAUAGUGGCUGAAAAUGAACAGGAGCAGGAGGAAUGGUUCCUGGCUCUGAGUGACCUGAUGAGCGAAGGGAAAAGGGGGCAUGUUGAUGCAGAUGAUUUGGAUGAUGGAUAUGGCACAGUAUUACCAGGCACUGUGUUCAAAGAGGUGUGGCAGGUGAAUGUCAAGCCUAAGGGUCUGGGGCACAGUAAAAACCUGACUGGAGUGUACCGCCUCUGUCUCUCAUCCAAGAGUAUCCACUUGAUGAAGCUGAACUCGGAGACACCGUGCGUCAACUUGCAGCUGAUGAACAUCCGCCGCUGUGGCCACUCUGAGAGCUUCUUCUUCAUCGAGGUGGGCCGCUCGUCCUCCAUAGGCCCCGGAGAGAUCUGGAUGCAGGUGGAUGACUCGGUGGUGGCUCAGAGCAUGCAUGAAACCAUCCUGGAGACCAUGAAGGCGCUGAAGGCCUAUGCUGAGUUCCGGCCGCGCAGUAAGAGCCAGUCUUCGGGAUCGAACCCCAUUGCGUUCAUCACCACGCGCCGUCACCUGGGGAAUUUGCCACCCAGCCAGACGGGGCUGCAACGGCGCUCUCGGACAGAGUCUGGGGUCGGCACUCCACCCAGCAGCAAGAGCAGCGCUGCCAGUGGCUAUCGCUUUCGAACGUCCAGUGAGGGUGAGGGGACUAUGAGCAGGCCCUUCCGCUCCGUGACGGGCAGUCUGCUCCAUCUGAACUCUGCCCGCCUGAGCCUCGGGCGACAGGAGGGGUCGGGCUCGGGCUCCACCAGUGCUGGGUCCAAUGCCAGCCGCUACGUGCGGGCCAUGGCUGGGUCCACCUACCACACGCGCUCCGCCUCACUGCCCGUCUCCCACUUCCCCUCCACCAGCAGCCCGGUCAGCGUGUCCAGCAGCAGUGGCCACGGCUCGGUGUCCGACACGCUCACACGCCCUUCCAGUGCCUCACUCUGUGGCUCACCUAGUGAUGGUGGGUUCAACUCCUCCGAUGAAUAUGGUUCUAGCCCCGGUGACGUGCGCUACUUCCGCGUGCGCAGCAACACACCCGACUCGCUGGGCAACACCCCCCCGAUCCGCGAGGAGCACGGCCUGAGCGACUACAUGGCCAUGGGCUGGCAACGGGAUCCGUGUGGGGCGGCUGGGGAAAGUUCUCUACGCGACGACGCGACGGAAGAGGAGAGACCCGCAAAUUCAGUGCGCAGGAGGACUCCCUCCCUUUCCCAGCAGAUGGGGAGCAGUGGAGGGGUGGCCAUGUACCAGAAGAUGACCCAGACGGCCCUCUCGCUGGAUGAAGUGGUGGGAGAGGACAGCCUGUCUUCCUCUCUGCGCUCCGACUACAGCUCCACUUCAGAGCACAGUCAGACGCGCGCCCAUCGAGCUCCGCACAGCCCCAGCGCAGACGACGGCGGCUACAUGCCCAUGAUGCACGGGGUGGGCUCUGCUCAUACGCCUGGCAGUGACUCUGAUUACAUGCCCAUGCAACCCAGCGCUGUGCUCUCCCCCAGCCUGUCCCCACGGGCGCACGCCUUCAGUCAGCCCUCGCGGCAGGAGGAGGACACCCGGGGCUACAUGAUGAUGCUCCCGCGAGGGGGGAGACCCGCGGUCCAACCCGCUCAUCUCAGCAGUGGCAUCAGUGAGCGGCCUGAGAACGGAGAAUACAUGGACAUGACUUCUGCCAGGACCCGUCACCCUCCCAGCGAUGCCCACUGCGCCCUCAGAAUGCCCGAGGUGCCCGCCGCGUCCACCCCUUACUUCUCGCUCCCGCGCUCCUACAAAGCCCCCGCCAGAGACGGCCGUCAGCGCGAUGAGUACGUGCCCAUGAGCCCGCCGGCGAAGCCCUCGGUCGACCCGUCUCCCCUCGCCAGCUGCGGCGCCGACCCCCGAGCUCACAGUCGCGCCGUCCGACCCACACGCCUGCCGCUGGGCCGCCGGAGUGUCCACGGCGCUCUGAGGGAGGCGCCCCCUAGCCCUGGGGAGUACAUCCAGGUCGCAGAGCGCCCACCUGCGUACACCUCCUCUAGCAGCCUGGAGAGGCAGCAGUCCACGGCCCCACCUCCUCCCCCUGCCCCUGCCCCUGCCCCUGCCCACAACCAGGACGACUACAUGAGCUUGGACACCUCAGAGAGUCGCUGCCCCCCGCAAGCUCCACGCCCGUCACUCGUGGCCCCCUGGAACCCCCCCACCUACAUCCGCCCAGUGACCUCAGCAGCCAGUAAUCCACCGGAUGACUACACAGAGAUGACCUUUGGCCUGGGCAGGGCCGAGGCUGGUAGUCCCACCGCCAUGCUUCAGCACCUGUGUGUCCUGGACCCGCACUACGCAGCGCCCUCGCCCCCACUGGCCGAGCCAAAGGUCAUCCGUGCAGACCCGCAGGGCCGACGCAGACACAGCUCGGAGACGUUCGCCUCCGCGUCGCCAGGGCCAACCAGCUCAGGGGGUGGUACCAGCACCAGCUCCACCUCCACCUAUUCCUCUCGCCAAGCAGAGGGCAACCGCUGGCAGAGCUCCACCUCAUUUGACAAUGUAUGGAUGUGUGUCGAGGGAUCCACGGCCACACAGGGCAGUGUGGGCGCUGAAGCGGCUGCCCCUGCGGACGCAGCUGAGGGUUCAAAUCCAGCGUCUGGAUAUAUGUGUCGCACCGCCUCCACGGGAUAUCAGAACGGCCUCAACUACAUUGCCUUGGACUUGCGGGAAGAUGCCCGACCCAGCAACACACUCGACGUGCCCUCAUCACCUCCCGCAGGUGUCCCCCUCCUGGAGAACGGGGCCUAUGCUAGCAUAGACUUCACUAAAUCUGAAGGGCUCACAAGCACAACUACAGAUUGAGGAUUGGACAUAUUCCCUGGUUGAUGUCUUCUCAAUGGCCCAAGUCCCCCCCCCCCCAUCCCCUCCCUUGAAGACUGGCCAGCGUGGCCCUCCAUGGACCCAUCCCCUGUUAUUGUCAUUUGGUUUCACUCUGUGUGCCUCAGCCAGCGGCUGCUUUGGCAUGAUGUUGAUAUGCAUUGAUCAUUUUCAAAUGAGUUCUAGAUUUCAUCAAACAGCACAAAAAGGGAGAUUUGACCCUGAAGCCCAGACUGGUUGGGACAGAUCUGGGGGGGUUUGGACGCACUUCUCCUGUCUCUUACAUGCCCCUGUUUACUGCCACAGAUUGAAGGUUUCAUUUUGACACUGAUCCCUACAGGUACUGCUUUGUUACCUCUUGGAUUGGCAUCAAGUACUUUUUGUUUCUAUGAAUGCGUUUCUCUUGAAGAUUUUUUUUUUGUUGCAUUUUUCUCAUCCUCUCUGAGGUGUUCUCUGCUCCAGGUUUGUUUCAGCGCAGACUCCCAGUUCUGAAUCAGUUUAGACUCCCAGGUCCUGAAUCAGUUUAGACUCCCAGUCCUGAAUCAGUUUAGACUCCCAGGUCCUGAAUCAGUGCAGACUCCCAGGUCCUGAAUCAGCGCUAUACCACAGUCUCAGCUCUUUGCGUUGAAGUGAGAGAAAGUGUCUGUGUGUGUGUGUGU